UUGUGUUGAAACUAGUGUGUUGAAUCACGGGGUGUCGAUUAGUGUCAUAUCAAAAGGGAUAAAGUUGAAGAUAUAAUCAAAAUGGGUAGCACGGAUAGAGCCGUGAUUACAGGAUUUAUAUGCAGACUUUGUAGUAAGAUGAACCGUUUCGUGAUCCAUAUAUACGGUCAAGAGGGUGAAAGAAUGAAGCUCGCCGAGAAAAUAAAUGCUUAUCUUCCAAUUACGGUGAACGUGAAUGAUCCAUUACCAAAAACAGCAUGUCUACAUUGUAUUGAACGCAUAGAAGCUCAUCAUGAAUUAAUGGAGCAAUUGAUGUUCGCUAAACGAAGGUUAACUACUGAGAAUAAGUCAUCGACAGUAGCAUCAUCAUCUGCACAAACUGUUGAUACUGCACCAACAUCUAGCCCACCCCCAUGUUGA